AUGGGAGAAGAUGGAAACUCCUUUAAAGUGAAUCUCAUCAAGCAAGAUGAUGGAGGCUCCCCCAUUCGGCACUAUCUCAUCAAAUACAGAGUUGUAAGUAAGACACUGCCAUCUGGGCAAGCCCUGCGUAGUGUUUUAUGAAUUGUUUCCUGGGCUGUCAAGUGAUUAAAAACAUUUUUCAUUCACUAUGACUUCAGUCAAUCUAAAUUUGUAUAAGUUUGCAUAUCAUUCUGAAGCAGCCUUUUGCUUUUUAGAUGACACACACGUGUGUCUUAGGAGGCACUUGCUACCUGCAGUCUUUAGAAAUACUUGUGUUAAAAACAGCAUUGUUUUAGAACAAAAAUCUUGCUUCUAAGCUAAUCCAGGACACAUCUUUAUUCAAUUAAAAGUUAUUUCCUUGGUUCUUCUGACCCAAGGCCUAGCCAACAUGGUGCCUUCCAGAUGUUGUGGACUAGAAAUCCCAUCAGCCCCAGCAAAUGUGGCCAAUCUUCUGGGAUAAUGGGAGCUGUAGCUCUCUCCAUUUUGGGGGCCUGGGCACCAAUUUGGCUACCUCUAACAGCUUGGGGCCCUCCUAUUUGAAGGGUUGCUUUACCCCAUAUGUGCCUAAUCGGCUGCUAUGAUCUGGGGAACUACUUGCACUUCUACGAGGACCAUAUAAUGUCCAUUCGGAUUCUUUGGAGAGUUGACCUUUCAGUGUAGCAGCACCUUUGCUUUGGAAUUCCCUGCCUAUUAACUGUAGGCAGGCACCCUCACUAUACUAUUGCAUAUGCCUGCUAAAAACUGUUUCAUUUCAGCAUGCCUGCCAGGCAUAAAAUUCACUUACAUGCACCUGUUUUUAACAUUUUGCUAAUGGUAUCUGUAUGUUAUUCAUAAUUUUAUGUUAUUUUAUAUUUUAGAGGGUUUUUUAUUUAUUAGGUGUUUUAUAAGAGGAUGUAGCCAAAGAUUUCUGUUGCUGUUAUGGCAUCACAGGAGUGACAGUAAUCACACAGCUCAAAGCUGGGGUUAACUCUUUAUUAGCAGAAAUACGAUCUCUGAAGACUUGGUUGAGCGUUAGGCCUAAUGAGCACAGCAGCUCAUUCCUGGUGGUCUUACUCUGAGAAACGCAGUUGCCGAGACUGAACGUCCCCACCUCCUCACAGCUGUCUGUCCCCUCCUCUCCGGGGCUUUCCCCAAGCACUCAGAAACUGCACCUGCGUGCAGCCAACCUCUCCUUCGCCCUUUUCAUGCCUCUUCUGGUUCUGGGAGGCAAGCAGGGAAGGGAGCUUGUUGCAGCAGGAGGAGGAGGAGACACCCAUGGCUCUGCACCAGCCCUGACUCAUGUCUAUCUCUUAGCCCAGGCAUAGGCAAACUCGGCCCUCCAGAUGUUUUGGGACUACAAAUCCCAUCAUCCCUAGCUGACGGGACCAGUGGUCAGGGAUGAUGGGAAUUGUAGUCUCAAAACAUCUGGAGGGCCGAGUUUGCCUAUGCCUGUUUUAGCCUCUCUCCUACCACUCUCCUGCUACAUUUUCUGCCUCUGAUUCUGGACUUCUCUCUGCCACCAGCUCUCAGCUCACUAAACCCUGUUACCUCUUCCCAGUCUUCUCCCUCUGACCACCCAUUGUUGUCUCACCCCAGGCUCUGAGCCUUCUUCCCUUGGUGGUUCCCCAGCUGAUUCCUCCCAUUAUACCUCUGUGUCCAACCAGCCCACGACAUAAGUUGGUUGUUGGUAUGUGUUGUACAACUCCGUUUACAGUCUAAUGUAUUUAUGCUUAUAUUUUUCUGUGUGGUGGGGAAGAGGCAGGAUGACCAGGCCUGAUCCCUGCACCAUCUGCAAUAUGACACAGCAAUCAGGUCCAGGUCAAGCCUGAUACAGUCGCCUGCCAUGAGUGAGACUGGCUUUGGAUCCAGCCGAACCUCAGCCAGGCUCAACCCCACCUCUUCCCCAGCCUUGGAUCAUUUUGGAUCUUUCUGCUGGCAAGCAUCCCACCAUUGCACUUCAUUGAGUGCAGCAGGCUUUCAGUGAGUGCAGGGUUGAGCUUACCUUGUCUUUUCAAAGUGGCUUAAGGUGGUGUUUUUUCUUCUUAUUCCAAUUAAACAUUUCUCCAGUGUUCUGUAGCCUCCUUGACUGCCAGUGGUUCAUGAUACGUGGGAUGGGGAGAUGCCUCCCCAUCAUAGCUGUCAACUUUUCCUUUUUCUUGUGAGGAAUCCUAUUCGGAAUAAGGAAAUUUCCCUUUAAAAAAGGGAAAGGUUGACAGCUAUGCUCCCCAUUUUCCUGUGCUUACAGGAGAACACUGCCAAGAACAUUGUGGGUUUUCAGAAAGUAUAGGUACCCGAGGGGGCUGUAGAAUGCAGACCCCUAGAGCAGUGACUUAUACCCUGAAAGAAAGGCGGCCCACAAAACUCCUCUGCCACCUCAAAAGGGAGGUAAGCACAAGACAAACCCAGCACACCACCUGUGAAAAUUUCAGCACAAUUUUAUUUCCCCUUUUGUGACUUUUAGACGUACUUUCUUUUCUCGUUAUUUGAUGGAAAGUGGUAAAAAGACCCUCUCCCCGCUAAAAAAGACAGAAUCGUUUUUCGGCCAGUCAGAAGCUAUAAGGCAUCUUCCUAGGCUCCUUUUAUUCCUACCACUUUUGUGCCAAAGGCAUUACUUUAGGGCAGAGAGGCAAGGAAACCGUUUGUCUGGAUCUAGAUGUUCAUGCGUGUUCAGAAAUCAUAGCCUUGUCUAAACAGCAGCUCACUGCUAAACUGCCCUCCCUGCCUUUUCUAUCCAUUCCCGCAACCCACGCUGCAUUUCCGCAGAAGCAUUCUGCUGAAUGGAAACCUGAGAUGCGUCUUCCUUCAAGCAGUGACCAUGUCAUACUCAAGGCUCUGGACUGGAACGCUGAAUACGAGGUCUAUGUGAUUGCGGAGAACCAGCAAGGGAAAUCCAAGCCUGCGCAUUAUGCCUUCAGGACUUCAGCGCAGCCAACCAUCAUCCCAGGUAUGGCAGCAACCAGCUUCCCGCCAUUGUUUUCUGCUUGGAAUUAAUGCAACAGCGCCACAUCCUUUAAUGUGCUUGAGUUUUUUAAAAACCAAAAAACACCAAAAUCCUCAGCAACUUGCUUGCUUACAGCCAUUCUCAUAACCGGUUACCCAUCUAAAGCUUUAUUACUCAGCCUUGGACAUACCAAACACGAUAGGUCGAUCCAUAGUACAGUCCAACUGGUUUAACCAUUUCCCCUGCCCGCCAAGUCCAUGAAGUGGUUGUUCUUUGUAACUCAUGGCACUCAGGUGAGAAUCUUCAAACCCAUCGUCAAGGCAAAGGGCAUAAUCCAGGUCCCGUGCCAUUGUUUCUGGCGAUGUGCUUCUCCUUUCCUCCAAUGGCCAGUGCUGUGAAGCAGGCCUGGGGGACUUGUAAACCUUCAGAUGUUGCUGGGCUACAACACCCAUGAUCCAUGCCCACUGGCCAUGCUGGCUAAGUCUGAUGGAAGCUGGAGUUGCAGCAACAUGAGGAGGGCCAACAUCAGCAGGGACUGUCAUUCAAAUGUACCUGUGCAUUUUUCACCCCUUCAUACCACAGGAGCAUCUCUGGCGUUGAAGCUUAAGCAGAUGAGAUGCUCAAGAAGUGUGAGCUUCUCUCCUUCUUAGUUCUCACAUGCGAUUUUUUGCUUUCUUUCAUAUUGGCUAUUUCCCAAAAAAUAUCCAAAGGAGAUGCAACCUUAAUAUUCAAAGAAAGCGUUCUAGCUUGAUUUUUACCACACAGAGGUAUAUUUACACAAAUGAGAAACCACAGAAGAACUGUAGUAAAUUAGGCACUUCAUGGUAUUAUUAAAAAUCAAAAGCGUAACUCAAUCUUUCUAAUGCAUACCAUAUAUCAAGCUAGUAAUGCCUGGAGGAAAACUUAGCAGCUUUGGAGCAGCUGAAGAAGGCCUUGGCCGGGGUGGUUAACCUGUGCCCCCUCCCCCAGAUGUUACUGGAUUAUAACUCCUAUCCUUUCCUAUUGGCCACACUAGCUGGGGCUGAUGGAAUCUUAACAUUUCUAAAGUCGCAGGUUAACCACCCCUUCUUAAAAUGUCAACCACAGGCAAAACCAAGCUUAGGGAUUAGCAAAAACUCUGGUGACACUUGAUAUUAAGUACCAUUGUGACCAUGAAAUUGUUCACCUCUACAGAACUCUUGCUAUUUUAGACCUUGAACAAAUAGCGUCUCAAAAAUAACUGUUUUGGCACAUUGAGAUAUUGAUUGCACAGCAAAUGCAGAACACCGAGUCCACAGGCAGAGCAGCUGCCUGAAUGUUGGGCUAUGAAAUCACGUUGCAACAUGCUGCUGUUAUUUGGAAAGUAAUGUAGUGAGCCGUAUGAGGAAAAUCACUCAUUCACUUGCCACACACCUCUUAGCCUAAGCUUUCUAUACUUGGUAAUAAGAAAAAAAUUAAAAUUCAACAUUUCUUGCCAAGGCAGCUUAAUCACACAUUGUGCCAAGAAGAACUGAACCUCAUGACGCAAAUUAAAACCAUGUUUAUAUUUGGCUUCGUUUGCUUAAUCCAUUUUGUGUUGGCUCAUGAAGGUAACGGGCAAAAGAGGAAAACAUUUUAGGAGCUAGAAAUAGAUUUAUACUAGGCCUGACAUAUUUUGGGGGUGCAGAAUCCUUCUGGAGGGGCAUAUGUCUGCAGCAGGCAAGUGCAAGGGAUACUAGAAUCACUGCAGUAUCCCUUGAAUUUAACAACUGCUGCUAGAAGCAUGUCCCCAAGGAGGAUUCCCCACCCACAAAUAAAUCCCAUUGUGCCUGGAAUACAUCUAUAUUUACUCUUUUUUGCCUAUCAGUGAUGUUUCCCCCAUUUUUGUGGUGUAUUUUACUCAUCAACUUGAUGAGCAACAAACUAGAGAGAAGGCUAAAGACUUCACUCCCUGUUCAUGGCAAGCCCUGUGCCUCCAUGCAUAUAGCUCCAUUUUUGGGUAAGGGUAAUGGAGACACCUUGGAGAAGAAGGCUUUACUUGGGCUUUGUGGUAAUCUUUGCAUUUUGCCUUUUCUCCUCUUACUUUCGGAAGGGUUGAGGUGGACACAAUGUCAUUUGCCACCUAAAGAUUAUGCCUAACUCAGUAACAUACUAAACUGACUGAUGUUCUCGUUUGCCACACCAGCAUCUCUAAUGUUCCACACCAUCAACUCUUUGAAGGACAAAUUUCAUGGCCAGAGCUGUAACAAAUUCUGGGGUAGGGCAGUGGUGGUGUUUGGUUCUCAAGCACGUUUUCCAAUUCAAAUUUCUUUCCAAGAAUUUGAAUUUAUAUCUUCCUGGUUUGACUUCCCCUUCCCCACCCCAGCCCCCAAACAUUCCAAAUUAUUGUUGGAUCCAGAUCACUAAAAGAAAAAGAAAAAUGGUAUUUAAAAGGGAAUUGAAUUGGCUGGUUGAGAUUUGGCAUUAACGCCAUAAAACUGAGUCACAGAACAGGCAGCCAAAUUUCAAAGUUCAAGUCUAAAAUUUAAGCAUUUGGCUUUCUGGCUGGAAAAUUCUUUCAAAAUUUUGCAAAAAAUAAAAAAUCCAUUUCAGCUCCAUUUUAUAACCUGUUUUAAGUUCAAAUGGAAAAUGUGACAGUUUACAAAACAGGGGUGAAGAGCAGUUGGUAGCCCUUAGGGUUAGCAGAGGUGCACAAGAAAUUAUCAGCUGGGAGGGACCAGAGAAGACUGGACUCUUCUUCCCUUUAAUGGCGUGUGAGGCACUGCUGCCGUUGUGUGGUUUAUUUAGCUCUGGUGUGGUGUAGAAGGUGCUAUACAGAAUGUGGCAAGACCAUUCUCUGUCCAGAGGAUUUGUAGUCAACAUUAUGCCGACACAAUUGGCACAAGGGGAAGGAAGUCCAGGGCUGGCAGUGAGGUGAGGGGUUGGGGAAAGCAUGGCAAUUCUGGCUGGGACUAAUGGGAGUUAUACCCUAAAACUCCUGGAGGGCACCAAAUUGGCAAAAGCUGCUUUGAGUCAACUCCCUCCUUGUUAGUGGUGCCCAUCCUCCAGCUUGGUAACCCAUAGGUCCCAAUCUCUAUGCCAACAGCACGUACUGUCGGCCACAUUCUGUAUUCUUAAAUGGGAGCAGCUGACUUGUUAGAGGUUUGUAGUCCAGGUAAGGUCUGAGACGUGCCUCUCUUGGGAGACCCAAGUGGUUAUUAGGAGACAAGCUGCAAUCUCUUCCCCAGUAUUUCUGGAUGUUGUGGGUGUUUUUAUUGCCAGCAAGGAUUCUCUGGGGCAGCUGCUUAUGGAGUUCUACCCAAGGACGAUUAGAAAGGCAGAGGCAAUUCCCAAAGUUGAGGCGAGUUUCUUGGGCAGGCUGGGCAUUAGGUAGAAGUGGGCUUGUUUAUUCUUGCAUUGAAAAUCCCCAUUGGAAAGUGUUCCUUUGCCAAAUACUGCCAGCUCAUUCCCUUGUCCUCCAAGCAUCCUCUGUCACAGUGUUGAUUUCCGUCUCAUUUGCUCGCUAACCCUCCAUCCUCUCCAAAUUCCUCUUCUCGCUGCCAGCUUCCAUAUAAACCUUUACCAUUACCAUUGCUGCUGCCGCUGCUGCUCUGUUUUUCUAACCUUUUGGACAUUUUUUUAAAAAUUAUACUAAGUUAAAUAAGCCUUUUAAAUUCUUAUUGUUUUUUCUAUAUUUAUGAUGUUUUUUUUUUCUUUUACCUAUUUUUCUCUCUUUCUCUCUUUCUUUUCCCCCUGUAUCCCUUCCCCGCCCUUGUUCCUUUCCUGUGUCUGUCAUCAUACAUGUCACUUUGGACCCCAAUGGAAACAUCCACUUCACAUACACCCAAUCUUUUGUUUUAAUAAUGAUGAUGAUGGUGAUGAUUUAAAAACCAACAACACCCAACCAUUUUCUGACCCCAUCUUGGGAAUCAUUUGUGGCGGCUGCAGCAACCCUGGGAUGUCCAGCGGCCUCGUCCCCCUUUGUCUUGUGGCUCAUCUCUGCAGCAGCUCUGCUUCUGCUCUGUUAG